AUGCGCGAGUGUAUUUCCAUUCACGUCGGCCAGGCCGGAGUUCAGUUGGGCAGCAGCGCCUGGGAGCUGUACUGUCACGAGCACAACCUUCAACCCGAUGGAACACUCAAACCCUCAGAAAUGGCCGAAAGAGAACAGCAGCCGGGAAGCAGCAGUAAAUCGACCUUCAGCAACUUCAUGAGCACCUUCUUCAGCGAGUCGGGCACCACCGGUCGCUACGUGCCUCGCUCACUCUUCGUCGACCUGGAGCCGACGGUGGUGGACACGGUGCGCCUGGGGCCCUACGGGAAGCUCUUCCACCCUGAGCAGCUGAUCACCGGGAAGGAGGACGCGGCCAACAACUACGCCCGCGGCUACUACACCGCCGGCCGGACGGUGAUUGACCGCGUAAUGGACCGAGUGCGCAGAGAGUACGAGCAGUGCGAGGGCGUCCAGGGCUUCUUCAUCUUCCACUCAUUUGGAGGCGGCACCGGGAGCGGCUUCACCAGCCUCCUCAUGGACCGCCUGACGGCUGACUACGGGAAGAAGGCCAAGCUGGAGUUUGCCAUCUACCCGGCGCCCAAGGUGUCCACCGCCGUCGUGGAGCCGUACAACACCGUCCUCUCGACGCACGCCACCCUGGAGCAGUCCGACUGCACCUUCAUGAUCGACAAUGAGUCCAUCUACGACAUCUGCCGUCGCAAGGUGGACGUCGAACGGCCAAGCUACAGCAACCUCAACCACAUCAUCAGCCAGGCAGUCUCCUCCAUAACCGCCUCGCUGCGCUUCGAGGGCACCCUCAACGUGGACCUGAACGAGUUCCAGACCAAUCUGGUGCCGUAUCCGCGCAUUCACUUUCCCAUGGUGUCGCUCAGUCCGAUCGUCUCCGCCGACCGCGCCUACCACCAGCAGCUGAGCGUCGCCGAGAUCACCGAGGAGUGCUUUGAGCCGCAGAAUCAGAUGGUCCGCUGUGACACUCGCCAGGGCAAGUACAUGAGCUGCUUUCUGCUGUACCGCGGCGACGUCGUGCCCAUGGACGUGACGGCGGCCAUCACGCGCAUCAAACAACGGCGAACCAUUCAGUUUGUGGACUGGUCGCCCACUGGCUUCAAGAUCGGCAUCAACCUCAAGCCGCCCACUGCCGUGCCCGGUGGCGACCUGGCCAAGGUGCCCCGGGGCGUCUGUCUGCUCUCCAAUUCGACUAGCAUUGUUCAAGCGUGGGCCCGUCUCGACCACAAGUUCGACCUGAUGUACGCCAAACGUGCCUUCGUCCACUGGUACGUCGGCGAGGGCAUGGAGGAGGCAGAGCUGACUGAGGCUCGCGAGAACAUGGCCGCCCUGGAGAAGGACUACGAGGAGGUGGCCGCCGAUUCGCACACUUCUGAGGAGGACAAAGAGGCACAGGAGUUUUAA